CAGUCUUGAGCGCACGUCAAUUGAGCAAACAUCUCGUACAGCUUUCGUACAGCGAACCUGUUCCAAACUGCGGGGUAGAGUUCAGAAUGCAUAUCCUGCCGAGAGAACAUGAGAAGUUGCUCUUACAUCAGGCCGGCUUUCUAGCCCAAAAGCGUCUCGCUCGAGGCAUACAGCUCAAUAUCAACGAAGCUAUCGCUUUGAUUGCCUCUCAGUUGCAGGAGCGUAUACGUGAUGGACAGCAUUCCGUGGCUGAGUUGAUGCAGCACGGGAAGACCUUAUUGGGGAGGACUCAUGUCUUACCUAGCGUUCCACCCCGUCUACACGAGAUACAGGUAGAAGGAACGUUCCCAGAUGGCGUAUUCCUAGUAACUGUGCAUGAUCCCAUAUGCACAGAUCAUGGCGACCUGGAGGCAGCGCUGUAUGGCUCGUUCCUUCCCGUACCUUCACAGGAUAAAUUCCCAGCCGUGGAGACCACAGUCAUCUCCCGCGAAAGCCUUCCAGGAGCUAUCAUCGCCAGGAAAGAGAGGAUUACUAUUAAUAAAGGACGCACACGCAUCAGGUUGAAGGUGACCAACAACGGUGAUCGUCCCAUCCAGGUGGGGUCUCAUUACCAUUUCAUCGAAACCAAUGGCGCCUUGGAGUUUGAUCGGGUCAAGGCUAACGAGAUGCGUCUUGAUAUUCCCGCUGGCACUGCUGUCCGCUUCGAGCCUGGCGACAUCAAGACUGUCACACUGUGUGCUAUCGCGGGCAAAAAAAAAAUAACUGGCGGCAACUCGAUUGUCACUCGCAUGGGGGAUGCUCUGAAGAAGGGUACUCUUAUCGAGAAAUGUUCACUACUAGAGGCUUUUUGCCACUACCCGGAACCUGAUGCGCUCGAAGUACAUGAGGACACCACCAUUGGCCGCGAAGAGUACAUCUCUAUGUAUGGGCCCACAGUCGGUGACCGUGUUAGGCUCGGUGACACCAAUUUGUGGGUUGAAAUUGAGAAAGAUUACUCGGAGGUUUGCAAGUCUAUCCGAGAGGGCAUGGGCCAGAUAACAAGUAUUCGCUAUCUCGAGCCCAACCUUGACCUGGUCAUUACCAAUGCAGUUAUAAUUGACUGGACCGGGAUAUACAAGGCAGACAUCGGAGUAAAGAAGGGCAGGAUCGUUGGCAUAGGCAAAGCUGGCAACCCUGACAUCAUGGCUGGCGUCACCCCUAACAUGCGCAUCGGCUCCUCAACAGAGGUCCUUGCGGGCGAGAAGCUCAUUGUGACUGCAGGCGCUAUUGACGCGCAUGUGCAUUACAUCUGUCCGCAACAAGUCACCGAAGCGCUCGCAGCGGGUACGACAACUAUGAUUGGGGGUGGGACGGGUCCGAGCGCGGGAACCAAUGCUACGACAUGCACGCCAAGCCCAUUCUAUAUGAAGACUAUGCUUGCGGCGACGGAUGGGCUGCCGAUGAACUUUGCGUUUACCGGAAAGGGGAAUGACACUGGAAGGCACGCAUUGGAGGAUAUCGUUCGCGCAGGUGCAUCGGGCUUGAAAUUACACGAGGACUGGGGUUCCACUCCAGCUGUGAUCUCGAACUGCUUGGAUGUUGGUGAUGAAUUUGAUGUUCAGGUCAAUAUCCAUACAGAUACUCUCAACGAGAGCGGUUUUGUGGAGACUACGAUCAAGGCAUUUGGUGGUCGUACCAUCCAUACGUACCACACGGAAGGCGCAGGUAUAGGUUUUGAUAUCAUCGUGGUUUGCGGUUUGGAGAACGUCCUUCCUUCAUCCACCAACCCCACACGCCCUUACACUAGCAACACUCUAGACGAACACCUUGACAUGCUAAUGGUUUGCCACCACCUCGACAAAUCGAUUCCCGAGGACCUGGCAUUCGCAGAGUCUCGCAUCAGAGCAGAGACAGUAGCAGCAGAAGACGUCCUGCACGAUAGCGGUGCGAUAUCCAUGAUCAGCUCUGACUCUCAGGCUAUGGGGCGUGUCGGAGAAGUUACUUCUCGGACAUGGCGUACUGCAAGCAAGCUCAAGGAGUUCAAAGGUCCGCUGAAGGAGCUCGAUGAUACAAGCGAGAAGGAUAAUGGACGCGUCAAGAGAUAUAUUAGCGAAGUAUACGAUCAACCCGUUAGUGCGAUCACGCACGGUAUCAGUCACCUCGUUGGCUCAGUGGAGGUCGGAAAGCUCGCUGACCUUGUGCUUUGGAAGCCGGAAAACUUUGGCGCGAAACCUGAAAUGGUGUUGAAAUCAGGAGUGAUCGCUUGGGCUCAGAUGGGCGACGCAAACGCUUCCAUUCCGACUGUACAACCAUCCUAUGGCAAACCGAUGUGGGGUUCCUUCCCUCCCGCAGCCGCGCUCAACUCAGUCGUGUUCGUCUCCGGGAUCUCCAUCGAGACUGGUACUAUUGCUUCAUAUGGACUCUCCAAGCGAGCGGAGCCUAUUUUCAACUGUAGGAAUGUGACCAAGAGAGACAUGAAGUGGAAUGAUGCACUGCCGAAGAUGACUGUUGAUCCAGAGACCUAUGAGGUGAGGGCGGAUGGUGUUUUGGCUGAUAUCGAGCCUGCGACCACGCUACCGCUCGGGAAGGAGUACAAUUUCUUCUGACCGCGGAAAAGAAAAGAUCAGAAGCGUGUAUAUUACCUGUACUAUGUCAUGGCGGGAUUAUGGAAUUGCUGAACCCUUGAA